AAAGGAGGCCCCUUUAGGCUAGUAGGUGCCCCUGUAACAGUCUGUAAAGGAUGAUCACUGACGCACAAAGGUCUUUGCUAAGCAUCUGCUAGUGGGAAUUGGAAGUACAUGGAAAUACCAAAAAGUAGGUCUAACCAUUAGCAGUCAAAGCUAGCCUUUCCGUUCAGUCUUGGUCCCGUCCAUAAGAGGCUGUCCCAGUUCAUUGUCAUGCAAAACAUAUGAUAUUAUAGAUGUCAUUUUCGAUGUUAGCUGGAGCAAGUGUAUGACAUACAUUAUGAGGUGGGGUUGGUCAGGGCUGUCCGUGGAACUUCGCCCUUCUUGGACAUCGCGGAACUUCGAAAUCUAAACUGCAUGCACGUCGGAUCCGUCGGAUGAUGCCCUUGCCAUGGUAUCAGCCAUUGUGAUAACAUGUGAAUUGCUUAUUCGACCUGAGCCGAUUACUCGACAGGUUUGGGAGACUCUUGGACACAUGGUUUCUGAUUGCAUUGGAGCGAUGGAGGAGGAGCUGAAGAAGCUCGCCUUUGAUCCCGCCUCUUGGGGCGGACAAGAGGAGGUUGUACAGGCAGUUCGCCAACACUUUGACCAGAGCUUUCACAUCCUGGGACUCGAUGUCUUACUGGAUUCUUCCGGAAAGCCUUGGCUCCUGGAGGUGAAUUGCAACCCUUCUUUCAGCCUGGAUGAGAUCCAUCCCUUGGACACCGAGAAGCUGGGCAUCUCCAGUACCAGGGUCGGACUGUGCCUCUGUGCUGCUCACCCUCGGCCUCAUCAGCACCAGCUCAGUCCUGUCGACCUGGCAGUGAAGGUGCCGGUGCUGGAGGGUGGCCUUUUGAUUGUUCGUCGUGAAAUGGCUCAAGACCACGACCGCGGCGAUUCCACGACUGGGACCAUCUACAUGGAGCUGGGCUGCGGGUCGGAGUGAAGAUGAGUGAAGCGGAUGGCCCAAGGGACAGGGAUCCAAGGCUGAAAUCCUCUCAUCCGGAGGCGGU